GUCAACAGACACAUCCUCUCGUCCUCGUCGCCGCUCAACAACCUCAGGCGGCAGUUCCUCGACACCAUGGCGCCCAUCGCCGAGCCGCUCGUCGCGCGCCUGAACGAGAUCCUCGUCAACUCCCCCGACAUCGUCAUCCUGCUCCUCGUGGUGCUCGUGUUCGUGCUGGCCGUGCAGGUCCUCGCGUGGAUACGGCGCAUGCUGGUAUGGCUCACCGGCCUGCUCUUCCGGCUCAUGUUCUGGGCCGCCGUCGCCGCCGCCAUCGCGUUCGUGUACCAGAGGGGGCCCGAGGAGACGGUGCGCGACCUGGUGGUGGUGGUGAGCAAGAUUGCCGGGUACGGCGCGUCGCUCAGGGAUGUCUGGGUAGCAGAGUACCAGCGGUACGAUGGGCAACAGAAUAUGGCCGGG